AUGGAGACGCCACCAAGCAUCCGUCGGCAAUACGCUUCGCCUCCACGCGAAUUAGCUGAUCAGCGACGACGUCGACUCACUAAUAGACGAGCUGCUAAAUACCGCUACUUUCGCUCUCUAAAUAAAGCAUCCGACCCCAUAGCAAAGCUUCAGCGCGAGCGAAAUACACAACGGCAGCGUGAACGUCGUUCGCUCUUAGACGACGAGGCCCGUGAACGCUUACGUGCCCAAAAUCGGCGGCGGCAGCAGUUAUGGCGCCACAAACUUAGCGACAGAGAUAGGGCAGAAACUCGUCAAAAACAGUGUGAACGUCAACGCAAGCGUCGAAGGACGCUAGACAAUGGCGCACGCGAGGUUAUGCGGGAGCGCGCAAGGCUACGUAUUCGAUGCCGACGGAGGGAAGCUGAGCAACAGCAUCAACAACAACAAAUCUUAAAGCCGUUGUUGCAGCCUUCAGUUAUUGAAAAAGAUCGUCUGCCAGAGCUACCAACAUUGCGACAGCAUCAAGAGCAGCAGAGGCAGAGAGAAAUGCAAAGCAAAUUACCAUUUGGCGAUAUUUUUAUUUUUCAAGUGACUUUGCCUCCGCCUCCUAUUGAGAGAUCGAGGAAUUUUCAACAUGAACGGAUUCCGUCGUUGCCUCAUUUGCAGCAAGUGACAAGACCGGCAGCGUCAUCAUUGCUACAUGCACUUUCGCCACCGGCGCUUUUUUCAAUCCCUGGUCCAAUGUCAACGACAAGCGGAUUAAAGGGAAGUGCGACCACAAAUUUGCCUACUGUUGCUUGUGCCGUCGUAGCAGCUGCUACCAGACCGCCUCAUCCCACGCCGAUAGUGCCGUCCGUCAGCUUGCCACUACCAACUAGACCGCUCGCGGGAUUGCCAUUGGGCCAACAGCAACAACAACCACCGCGUACACCAAUCGUAUUACCACCAGCUCAUCGUUCGCUCCCACCGUUGCCCGACUUUCUUAGUAGCCGCGAGGUUUUUAACCCGGUCACUGCUGCUGUUUCUACGCGAGUGGCAAGACCUUGUGGAACCAGUAGAACAUUGUUUCCCUCCACCGAAAUUCCUGCUUCGCAUACUGAUACACAAGACUGGGACUUUUUAUUCCAACGAUGA